AUGUACUUCAUCACCAUAAAGUCGUUUAAAGCAGCAGCCAUUGCCAUCAUCUACGCUCAGGUAGCAUUCCCUGCCCCAGCCGAUGUUGUCUCUGCGCAAGACGACGCCAACAAUGAAUGCGGCUCCAUCCGAGUCAUCAAGGUCGAUAAUGCCACGCUCCUCGCGAACGUUGACCGUAAUGAUAUUCGUAACACCACUGCUGGAACUCAGACAACUACGGAUGCAGCAAGGGCGGCUACUGCUGGGCAAGAUGUCGCCUCGAGAGAAGGUGGUGCUGGACAGUAA